AUGCAUAAUCCAUCAUCAGAGUUCAAAGACGAAACACAAAAGUUGGCAAUAGAAAGAGAAAGGAAGAAAAAGAAGAAGAAUAAGACCAACAAAGAUGAUGAUGAUGGUGAUGAUAACAGCAACAACAACUAUAAACAACAAUAUAAUGAUAUCAUAACAACAACAACAAUAGAACAAGAAAAAGGUCAGGAAGGAAAAAUAAUAUCAUGGUUAUUAUAUCUUGUUGUAGAUGAAUCUACAUUAUCUCCUGCGAUUAAAAAACAAUCAAUCUAUUUACUCGAUAAAGCUCUAAAGAAAUAUAGUAGCACUGCCACUAUUACUACGACUAUUAAAUAUGAUUGGACUUUGAAUACAAAUAUAUUAAAGAUUCUAUUCAAUCUCUUGGUAUUAUACAACAAAGAGGAUGAUGAAGAUGAUGAAACACAACCUCGAUUAAUAUCAAUCUUAAAUACUCUAAAUGCUGGUAUUACUGAUAGUGAACAAAAUGUAGAGUAUCUAAAACUAAUAGAGAAUACAAUUCGAAAGAAUCGUGAUAAUCAAGUAAUCAGAGAGAUCAUUCUAAAGAUCAUGGAAUCAAUUGACCCGAAACAGCUUGUGUCUACUUUUUCGUCUAUACAUAUUUCCGAAAACAUUAUGACUUACUUUCUCACUGAUCCUAGUAACGAUCAAUACCAAUUUAGAGUAAUUGAUAUAAUAAUCCGAUUAAAGAGUACCCAUCACAAAUAUAUUUCAAUAGUGGAAGAGUCAGACUAUAAUAGAUACGAAUUCUAUUCUCAAGAAUUGUUUUCAAAUCAUCAAGUAAUUCAACGUUUAUUCGAUCUAUUAGAAUGGUUUAUUCAAUCUGGGAAUAAACCUUCUUUCAAUAGGUUUAUUAAUUACAUUGACCCAACUAAAUAUAAAUAUGUAUCAUCUAGAAUAUUCCCAAUAAUGCUCAAACAAUUAUAUGAAUUAUAA